GUAACUUUUAUAUAACAUGUGUGUUACUUGGGAUAAAUUCUCAAGGAAUUCCUAAUAGACCUUUAAUGUCAGUCGAGUCAUGUGACGAAUGAUUUGUUUCUUCACCAAUAAUGGGAGGUCACCCUGGUCAUAUUUGUUAAAAAAAAAACUAUAAACAACAGCUUAUCCGAAGCCCCAGAGAUACAUUCACUCGUGGGAAGUUGCAGCGUUGUCAACGACCCGAGUCCAACCUGCAGCAACCAAAGCGAAAAUCAUCUAGGUCACCAGGAAACCCCGAUUCGCCCCAAACUGCGACGCAUGUAGGUGUAAUGGCUCCACGGAUCCAAAAUUGUCGAAGAAACUCCAUCAAAUUUGCAUGCCCAAUCGGCGCGACGCAGAGUUCCAUCAGCAAACCAGCAAUGACCCGGUCGGUGGUGGUGAUCGUGUCAUCGUGACCGUGGCCUUAACCGAUUCAGUCACAGCUUCACGCAUUGAUUUGGCACUCGCGCGGAGACUCUGCGAGAGAGACUCACCGUGCGUAUCGAAUACGACGUACUUCUGGUGGAACGCAUUUAUGUAGGAAUGCCUUAGGCUCUGCAUUCGCGCCGUUAAAUGAUCCACGCGUCAUUGUGAGAAGAUGUGUAAUUUUUUUGUCUUGUUUGUAACUGCUGCCUGCCGUACAGACGAGUAAUUAUUUACUGCUGAAAUCAUGCCGAUUUACGAUUUGUGAUCACUCUUCUUCAAUUCAAUUCAAUUGAGAUGUGAGCAUGAGGCUGGGAAGUGGGGUAGAAGUGCGCGAGUGGAGUGGAUCGGGCGCACUUCGAGUAGAAGGGUAUUGUUCUGUCAUCGCCACCUCGAUGCGCAAAUGGCGUUGGCUGGCUAAUUUGUUUCAGUUCGCGUGGAGGCCGCAGCAGUAAUUAGGCUUUUUGAGGGAGCAAUGGGCUCCAAGGAGGCACAAAAAGGAUGAGGGUCAGAUGUGUGUUGAAUGUGUGAUGACGAGACAUUUUUUUGUUUUUUUUUGGUCUACAUUUAUGCUUUUUAUUUGAAACUAGCUGUCCCGGCAAACUUUGUCUUGUCAAGCUGUGGUAGUUUGACAGCUGUAGAGGACAUCGCAGCAACGCACUCUAGAUUGAUUUCAUUUUAAUGACGCUAAAUUUCUUCCCGGCUUAUGAAAAAUCAGUAUUUUUACAUUCUUUAUACUUAUUAAAUGAUUUUCGUAACUUUUUAUGUAUACAAACAUAGCCACUAUGAAUACGAAUCGAACCGUGCCAGAGUCAUGCUGAUCGGUUCAUCCGUUCGUGAGUUUUGUUGCCUCAAAGGAACUUCAAACUCAUUUUUAUAUAUAUAGAUGAGAGAAGUUAACGAACUCUCUUGUUAUCUUCUCCUCCUUCUCUUCAUCCUAUCAGAAAAUAUCGAAACUUCCAUUUUUUAGUCAAUCAGAAAACCAAAACAGAAAGUAUUAGUUUUUAUGACGGUUCUUAAAACCACUAAAAGACUGGUAGGUCAUCUAAAUAUUAAUUGAUACAUGUUCCUAGUUAAAAAAAAAGUGAGUAUUAAAAACGUAUCCAGGAAUUCACAAAUGAAAUCAAUUAUAAAACCUAUUAUAAAUAAUUAUUACAAUUACCAUUCAAGGUAGUAAAAUCAGAACCCAUACAGCCAAAGUGACACAUGUGACGAGUUCGAUUGCCGGUCAUUGUCAAAAACAGUCUUAGUUGAUAGCUGUGGAAGUACUCAUAGGGUACAUAGGGCCCAAGUUGAUACUAAGAAGACAAACAUGUAUCCAGAGCAGUUAGGCUCGGAGCGCGUGUAUUCGACCAGGGUUCUGGGUUCGAUUUCUGGUCGGUCCUAGUCUUCCCUGGACAAUGAUCUCGAUAAGUAAAAUCUUAAAAUAAAAAAAAUAUUUUUUUUUUGUUUUAACGAGAUAUUUAGCCCUAGGCUAGUUCAUCUCGGGGCCCACGUUUUGCUUCCCUUCCGAAGGAAGAACUCACAUUUUGUGAGUAUGUUGGGAGUGGGAUUCAAUCCCAAGUCCUCGGCGUGAUAGUCAAGUGUUCUCACCAUUGUUGUUCAUUGAGCUGAGAUUUUAGUAAACCCUCAAAUUUUGACUAUUGAUGAACAAAUUUGGACAAGAUUCAGUUGUUUAACACGAAUUAAGAGUCUUAGUAAUAUAUUUGUUUCAUCUCAAAAUCAUUUUCAAACUGAUUGAAAUUAAGUUUUGAACAUUUUUGUGCAAUAUUUUCAACAUUAACAUUAUAUUCAUUUAGCUUUAAUUUUCUAUAGAUAAAUUUAAUCGAUACAUUUUAUUUAAACUUUGAGAUUUUUUAGUACUCUUGCAAAACUACUCCUCCUUGAAAAUGUUCAUAUGAAAAACAAACGGAAACCAGUAUUAAUGCAAGUAACGAUACAUGAUUAUAAUAGGCCUCCAUUAAACAGUAAAUGUCAAUAAUAUUGGAGAUUUAUUCAUAAUUCGUUAAGUAAUGAAACGUUUAUACAUGACGUAGAAUUUCAGGAAGUCUCUGAUUUUGAUAAUUCAUGUAUUAGGUAUAGACGAAUUUCGCCCCAAAUCGUAUUCGGAGUUGGCAGCACCCUCUCAGAUUACAAUGAAACUUUCUGGGUAUGUACACCAAGACUAGAUAAGCCACUUUGCAUACUUAGUUUCUUCAAAAUUUAUCUGGACUGACUUUUGAAAAGGGCUAAACUUUUUUAUGGAUUUUUUAAAAAUGUUUUUAAUCAAAAAAUGACUACUCCUACAAAAAAGUGUUGUAUGGGUGAUUAUCACAAAAUAAGUCAAAUUUUAAGAAAAAAAUACUGAAAAAAAUCCAAAAUGAGCCCUACACUGAAAAAAAUCAUUUCUAAAAAUUCAAAGUUGAUUUAAAAAAAAACACCAUUUUUGAUUUUGAUGAAAUUUUGUCUCAAGACAGGUAAUUAUGUUCCCUACCAACCGUCCAUACAUCACAAGAUGGGCACUUUUAAGGAAAAAAAGUUUUUCUAACAAAAACUUUUUCAUGUCCAAAUUAUUAUUUUUUCAGUGUCUUUUUUUAAAAACAAACUAAACCAGUGAAGGUUAUCUAGUAAUCUCAAAAUGCAAUGAAACUUAUUGUGUCAUAUGCGACAAUGCAAAGCACCCAUAUUCACGCAGCAGCACUCUAGAAGUACGAAACAAUAUACAAUUAGAACACGCAUUUCAUACGUGCUGCUGUAAUUUCUACCCAAACGUUUUUACCCCAUGUUCUUACCUAAUAUUAGGUAAGGCUAUUUAUUAGAUUCGAACUACCUAAUCGAAAAAAAAAACAAAUCAAGAGUUGUACCUAAAGCAAAUAUGAACAAAACAAGAAAAUGAAUCGGUAUCAUUCAACGUGUUACUUCUCUUUGGUUAUUAAAGGCAGUUCUGAAAAGUAAUGGAUCAAUCGUAUAAAUCAAAAUUCAACAAAUUCAAGUGCAGUGCAAAAAUAAACAAUCCAAAGUGCAACCGUCAUAAUCUACGGGGCAUGUCAUUAAGAUUGAUAGAUAAAAUUCAUUCCAUGGGAUAUACACAUGAAAUCGACGAAUCGAUGAGUAUUUGUGAGUCAUGUCGUGGAUUGAUAAGUCACAACAGAAGCCCGAAUACGAAAAAACGCCGAUCGGAUGGAAACGACGAAACUAUGCAACCAUCAUUUAGUGGGCAGCAACAUCAUGAUGUUCCAGAACCAGAACCGUCAACGAGUGGUCAACAAAUCGAACAUGAGCUGGAUAUGGUACCAUCUAUUCCAUCAUUGGAGUCAAUUCCGUCAACAGAUCAACUACAGGGUCCCCAUAAUAUUGAGAAGUUUAAUACCAUUGCUGAAACAUUGAGUUUAUCGCCAAUCUCAUCUAGAAACAUGAGAAGUAUGGAAUAUCGCAUAAACAAAUCAUUGCAGAUUACGAAAGCAGUUCGAAAAAAUAUCUUCGGAAUAGAUUCAACGGAUGUUGGCAAAGUGGAGGCGUAUGACGAGAUAAUUAUGCAGUUAAAGGAUAAGUUCAAUCACCCUACAACUGACAGAAGCGAACAGAUUAAAAUACUAUCUGUACUUCCUAAGUCUUGGUCGGUAAAUAAAAUCACAAGAGAGUUUAACGCACCAAUGUAUAUGGCGAGGCAGGUGAAGGAUCUUGUUGAUGAACAGGGUAUUCUUUGUACCACCGAAAAAAGAAGGGGGCAUGGUAUUGAUGACGAUACAAAACAAAUAGUAAGAGAAUUUUUUGAUGAUAAUGAUAUCAGCAGGCCAAUGCCAGGAACAAAUGAUUUUGUUUCUGAGGUUCGAAAUGGAAAAAAACAACAAGUUCAAAAACGACUUUUGAUGAUGUCGCUCAAAGAGGCUUAUAUGAUUUUUGUAGAUAUGUACAAAACUGUGAAUAUUGGUUUCACAGUAUUUACACAGUUGCGACCAAAGCAUUGUAUUUUACUUGAUUCUACUGGUAUACAUAAUGUAUGCAUAUGUACUAUUCAUGAAAAUGUAAAUUUAAUGUUCAACAGUAUAAGAAUUGUGUCACAAGAUGAAAUAAUACAAAAAAUGCUUUGCGAUAUUUCCACCAGAACAGAUAAUUGCUUUUUCCGUGCUUGUGAAAAGUGUGCUUGUAAUGAACACAUUGAAGAGGAACUUACAUUGAUAUUAGAAUCAAAUGACAAAGAAGAGAUUAUAUUUCAGCAGUGGUUGAAUACUGAUCGCUGUAAUUUAGAAACGAUUAUUAAACCUGUUGAUGAAUUUGUUCCGUAUCUUGUUGAUAAAAUUGACAAACUUAUAACACACGACUUUAUUCAUAAACAACAAUCAUCAUUUCUCAGAAAUAAAAAAGAUACAUUAAAGGAUGAUGAAAUUCUUGCGAUUUGUGAUUUCUCUGAAAACUAUUCAUUCAUAAUUCAAAACGCUGCUCAAGGAUAUCAUUGGAACAACUCGCAAGCAACCCAUUUGAAAUUUACUAUAUGAAAGAUAAUAAACUUGUAAAUGUUAGCUUCAUUAUCAUAUCGGAAGUAAUGGCUCACGAUACAGUUGCGGUCCAGUUGUUCAUCUCAAAAAUGAUAGAUUUUAUGAAACAAUUAACGAACUUUUCUAAAUUUUUCAGACAUAAAGAUGGGGCAGCAUCACAAUACAAAAAUAAGAAGAACUUUGCUAGUCUAUGUAGAUUCCAGUCAAAGCAUGCAUUAAGAGCAGAAUGGCAUUUUUUUGCAACGUCCCACGGUAAAGGUCCAUGUGAUGCUAUUGGUGGCACUCUCAAGCGAAUGGCAAAGAGAGCAAGUCUUGCUCGAGAUUAUGGAAAUACCAUAACAACUCCACGAGAGUUAUAUAACUGGGCAGUUGUACAGACAGAUAAAAAUAUAACUAAAUUAAAUUUCUGUUACGUAUCCACUGAACAGAACAUUAAAAUGUCAGAAGAUCUCGAAGAAAUAUAUAAUAACGCCAAAACAAUACCAGGCACUCAGAAAUUCCAUAGUUUUUUGCCUAUUCCUGGCGACAAAGUAAAGGCAAACAGGUAUUCUAAUUCAGAAGAUGAACCAAAAAUAUUUAGUAUGAUCGGAAAAAAAUAGAAAAGAACAUGUUUGAAAUUGGCUCUAAGACACAUAUAUAUAUAUUUGAAAAAUUCAUAAUUAUAAAUAAUUGUAUAUUUAAAAGUGCACUUCAAUACAUAUUGCGAUCAAAUAUUACAUUUCCUAAGAAAAUACAUUUGUAAUAUUUUGAAGUUUUUUAUGUAUAGAAAAACCCUUCCAAAUGAUUGAAUAAAUAACACAAAAUCUCCUAGAAAAUUGAGUUUCAUUGGAUUCUGGGAUUGUUAUGGCCUUCACUGGUUUUAUUGUUGAUAACAAAAUACACUGAAAAAAAAAUCAUUCGAACAAGAAAAAGUUUUUGUUAGAAAAACUUUUUUUCCUUAAAAGUGCCCAUCUUGUGAUGUAUGGACGGUUGGUAGGGAACAUAAUUACCUGUCUUGAGACAAAAUUUCAUCAAAAUCAAAAAUGGUGUUUUUUUUAAAAUCAACUUUGAAUUUUUAGAAAUGGUUUUUUUCAGUGUAGGGCUCAUUUUGGAUUUUUUUCAGUAUUUUUUUCUCAAAAUUUGACUUAUUUUGUGAUAAUCACCCAUACAACACUUUUUUGUAGGAGUAGUCAUUUUUUGAUUAAAAACAUUUUUAAAAAAUCCAUAAAAAAAGUUUAGCCCUUUUCAAAAGUCAGUCGAGAAUAAAAAUUAGAAAAAUGAGUAUGCAAAGUGGCUUAUCUGGGCAAGGUCUACACACCAAGAAAGUUUCGUUGUAAUCUGAGAGGGUGCUGCCAACAUUUGUUCGAGUUGGCGCGAAAUCCGUCUAUAGCAAAAUAGGCUACGAGGGAGCAGGGGACUAUCAAAAAUUGUUCAAAAAAUUCUACGUCAUGAUGAUGAUCCCUAAGCAGUAUUUCAUCAAAUUAUCAUCCAGAAUACCCAAUGGAGAGUUUCCCUUUGGACGAAAGAGUUUUCUGCGACUGAAGCGGGAAUCGUACACUACAAGGCUUGCAAAAUACCUUGACGACGCUCCCGAAUAAAUUUUGAAAUUUCAGAUGAUUAUUUAAAGUUGGACAGAAUUCUACCCAAAUAACUACAUCGCACGGUGUGUUGAAACAGGAUUAUUAUCGCACUUUCAUGAACCUAAAAUAUUUUUUCGUUAUUAGUUAACCUUAGCUGUAUAUAUUAUGAUUCUGGAGGUUAAAAAAUCUUUCAUCGGGGAAAAUUAAAAUAAAUUCGAUUUUAGUAGUUUAGAAUGAAGAGUAUGUGCUGCAAAUGGCAUGAGUCACAGGUGUAUGGCGCUUCCUCAAAUGUAUGAGUCGCACUAAUGGGAAGUAUUUGUUUACCUCCAUUACAAAUAUCUAUGUGCCAGACGAAUGGAAGAAAUGGAGACUUUUAUGAUUUAUGACUUUCGGCAGACUGUAGUGGGCUGGACACAUGAAACGAACGCCAAACAAAUUUAAACUCGUUGUAAAGACUUUUACGUUCGUUUCUCACUAAAUGGUUUCAAAUUUAUUAAUAGGAAAGGGACUUUUUCUAGCGGAGUAUAGGUUCAUCAGAUUUGCGUAAUACCAUAUCAUAUGGGAAAAGUGGUAAACUACUAAAAUCGAAUUUAUUUUAAUUUUCCCCGAUGAAAGAUUUUUUAACCUCCAGAAUCUUAAUAUAUCCAGCUAAGGCUAACUAAUAACGAAAAAAUUAGGUUCAUGAAAGUGCGAUAAUAAUCCUGUUUCAACACACCGUGAUCACUUUAGUAACCAAAGCAUACUGGAUUUCCUGAAUUUAUUUCUGUUGGCAAUUAAAACUAACCAUGUCAUUGAGAUAGUUGAUUGAUUGAUUUAGCUAUAUUAUAGAGACUUUAAGCCCUUGGCUGGUUCGUCUCUUUUUAAGAUAGUGGAAAAGGAAGUAGAACAGUUUUUGAGUUUUGGCUCAAUAUCGAGCUUUGCAACUUUUCAAAAUGUGUAAUUUACUGAAAUUAAAAUAUAUUGCGUUUUGUUCAACCAAUUUUAAAUCUUUUUCCAUAAAUUGAAAGCUGAAUACAAUACCAUUCGAUCAUCUGAAUACAGGUUAUGCGUCAGAUUGAUGAUUUUCAAGAUAUUGGCGAGUUCUAGGGACGAUCUCCUUAAAUUUUAGCAAAAUUCCCAAUUUUUUUUGGAAAAUUUUAUUUUUUUCAAUAAGAAAAAAACAAUUUAAAAAUUCUUUCUCGACGUUUAUUUGACACAUCAUAUGUAGGUGAGUUACAGUAAAAAAUUCAGCUCAAUCGGAGCAUUGAUUACGGAGAAUUAGAUGUUUGAAGUGAGCGACUUUGCUUAAAAAUAGAACAAAUUUCCACUCUACUGUAAUUUUUUUCUUUCGCGUUUUCGAACUCUGGGCAUUAUUCUACACCACGGGUUCCCAACCAGUGGUCCGCGGCCCCCUGGGGGGUCGUGAAGCCAUUCCAGGGAGGGCGCGAUGUUACUAAAAAUCCUCAAGAGCCACAAUUUGAAGAACAAAUUUUCAGUAUAAAACGCUCUUAAAAGAAAAGAAAUUUCGGCUGCGCCACGACUUCAAUUAUUAAAUGUACAUGUUGACAUGUACGUCAUUGUUUACGAAAUGUGUCAAAUAAAAAAAGGUAUGAAAUAACUCGUCUUCGUUUAUUUAAUUCAUACUUUUUUUCUAAAAAAAUCAUUGGGCCCCAGAUGCUUUGACAAUUCUUAAAGGGGAUCGCCACCUCAAAAAGGUUGGGAACCCCUGUUCUACACCAACAAUGAUCAUCAUUUGAGCUUACCGAGUUCAAAAAUGCUGUAAACUAGUGUUAUUUAGAGAAUAUUGCAAUGGUCUUUGCAACAUUUCUGCAUGCGUGCUUUUUAGAAAAAACCACAGUAUCAUCUGCAAGUUGUCUUAGCGUGCAUUUUCCUUCCAAGCAACUAUCUAUGUCUUUCACGUAAACAUUAUAAAGCAAGGGACUUAAACAUGAGCCUUGGGGUAGGCCCAUGUAGCUAAUUCUGGAAGUUGCCAGAUGUCCGAGAUUGAAGCUCAUAUGUUUUUCUGACAACAAGUUAUACAAGAAAUUAUUUAAAAUUCCUGGAAGUCCACUAAUGUGCAGUUUUUCUGACAAUAUGCCUAUGGAAACUGAAUCAAAGGCGCCCUUAAUGUCCAAGAAAACUGAAGCCAGUUGCUCCUUUUCCGAAUAGGUCAGUUGAAUAUCUGUUGAAAGCAACGCUAGAACGCUAGACAAUCGUUUGUUCCUUUGCCCUUGCGAAACCCGUACUGUGUAUUUGAAAGCAAGUUAUUCGAUUCAACCCAAUGGUCGAGUCGCGAUAGGAUCAUUUUUUCUAACAAUUUCCUUAAACAUGAUAACAUGAUGUUUUCUAUCAAAAAAUCCUUGGCCGGACUGAUAUUUGAACACAGGACCAUCAAUCCAGGAUCUUUUCGUAAAGGAAAUUUCCUUGACUUCCUUGGGCAUAGAGUAUCUUCGUGCCUGCCACACGAUAUACACAUGCAAAAUGGUCAUUGGCAGAGGAAGCUCUCAGUUAAUAACUGUGGAAGUGCUCAUAGAACACUAAGCUGAGAAGCAGGCUUUGUCCCAGUGAGGACGUUACGCCAAGAAGAGGAGAGAGGAGGACCAUAAAUAUAUAGUCCUGCUGAACAGUUGGAUUCCAACUUAAAAACAAGAAAGUUAAAAUAUAGUCCAACUUAAUAAAAUUAGUGAUCCAAGGUUAGAACUAAGCAUGCUUAUUAUUGAUUUUGUUUGAUCUGUAUACAUAUUCAAACUAGUUGGUGUCAAUAAAUGUGAUAUUUUCUCAUUUUACUCCGUCCACGCCACAUGCACACAUUUUUCUACAUCUCCCAAUAACCCAAACGCCCCAACUUAAAUGUCACGCCUCUCACAACGAGGGUUCCGAUCAGUAGUCACCGCACCGCUGCCGCUGCUUGCUGACCGCCAGUCAAGUGUGACCCGCGCACGGUUAUGCUUUCACGGUCAAGCGACUUCUGUGAAAAUGGCUCUCCAGUUCAGUUGUUUGCACCGAAUCUCUAUCUUCACGCUGCUGGCUGCUGUUCCACCGCCCGUAUACGCCCGGUGGAAGGUAGUUACGAUCGAUCAAGUGUACGCGAGCGAUGCCGAUCCGCGACGGAGAACAUUCCCUCUGCUCAAGAUCAAGUUCAAUGUGGCUGGUUGGCGGGUUGGAGCCCCUCAUGGAGCGUGGUAUGGUGACCGCAACGACAACGAUCAUUACCAAACAUUCACAGUUGGUAAGCAGGGCCAGGGGAACCACACCACCAUCGACCACUUUGCGCGUGGUCAUAUAAUGAUCGUCAGGUUCGCAAAUUAUGCCUUUUCCGUCGUCGAUGCGAAAGACACGCCGCCGUCGCGUCGGUCGAACUAACCAGUAGCCAGUAGCUCGUGUCAGCUGUGCGCCGCCCUCAGGCCAUUAGAGAACAAUCGCCAAAAUUGAGCAAAUGGGGUGCUGUUUUUUCUAUACUGAAUUCUUUUUUUAUUUGUACCUUGGUUAUCAUUUGACACAAUCUCAAAUUUAAUUACUGUGUAGUUUGGGAAAUGCAUUAUGCAGAAUGUUAGAAGACUGAAGUUCAUUCGGAAUUAAAUUGAUUUAGAGCAGUGGUCCUCAACCUUGUAAGCAAAACAAUUCAGAUUUGAAUACUUUUUGUAUCUAAAAUGUGGAUUGACGAAGAUCGGAUUUUUCAAUAGUGAUUGCUAAGUUGUCCUGUGUUGUAUGUUCCCCUAUUCAACUACUUAGUCAUGUCCCGCGAACCAUAGUUUGAUUGACACUGAUUCACAGGUUUUUAUGACGGACAGCAUCCGCCCGGGAGCACCGCGAACCAGAAGUCGAAGCGAAUGAGCUUUUGAUUGAGUGGACAUGUAUGACCGAAGCUGGACAUUAAAACGCCAUUAAAAGUGUCGUGUGUAUCGGCGUCUCCGAUGUCUAGCGGGAAACACAUUAGAAGAUGCUACGACAGUUAAUUUUUUACGAGUGGCUUCCGAAGUGUUCAGAAUCGCAAUAGGAAUAGUUUGCUUUUUUAUAACUGUUUUGUUGAUCUGACCCCUUAAUACGUUGCUAAUUUCAGCGGGAUUCGUACGACAGUUUUUUGCCGUAGAAAUGAGUUUCAAUUAGUAACACACAUAAUUGCCCGUCUAUUUGAGGUAAUCACAUCCCUCGCCGAGCCAAGUCGUUUUGCUCUGACAAAGGGCCCCACUUAGCGGUGUUCUUCAUUCUCCCCACCGCCAGCUCAUUAAUCAUUACUGGAGCGCUGCUAUUAAUCACCCCAUUCCGAGUGAUUAGGAACGAAGAUGAGUGUCCUACCUUUUGUACGGUUAAACGGAGUUUGAGGAGAGAAAGGCUAAUCCUUCUUCGCACCUCGCCUAGUGGUGGCGGCGCGGCACCAUAAAACAGGGAAGUGGAAAAUGAUUAGCAUAAAUAAGUGAUAAAUUAUCGAUGCCUAAAUUAGGGACGGAGCCGGGAGACGAUGAUGCUCUAUGGCGUAGUUGACAUUACCGAUCGAGACGAACGAGGUAAACCGGUCUAAUCUAUGUGGCAAAGCCACGGUAAUUAUAAACUUUUACUUAUCGUGCAAAUUCAGCAUUGGCACAGGUUGCAUUGAACACAUCCAUAGAGGAACCGCAUUGGAUAUAGGUAGUGUUGAGAGAAACUUAUCCGUCCUGAUCACGACGUUGACGACCGGUUUCGCGAGUAGCACACUUACGGGAUAAGGGUGAUAUUCAGUGAAGACAAAGAAACUGCUUGUAAUAAUAUAACAGAUAACCUGAUUUGGUUGGUAAAGUAUAAUAAAAAAUCAGCCAAUGCCUUGCCUCAUUUCUGGAAUGUAUUCCUUUUUGAAUGUUAUUUCAUUAACAUCGUUCAAUUUAUACUACACUACACUACAAAAACAUUCAUUAAGAACAAAGGGAUAAACUUGACAUGUUUGCUUUGUCGUUGGUUAUUAUACACAGUUUGAUUCACCGGUUGCGACAGAUAUUAAUAAUGCCGCAUCAGGAACUGGUUAAAUGUAAUCGUGAAUAAAUAGAUUUUGAGUAUAGAUAUACCUCGAUUUAGUGGGCCCUCGAUUUAAUGUACAUUUUUAGUGGUAAAUUCUUUACUAUCCAAUCAGUUUAAAACUUGCAGUUUGUAUUAUGAUGACUUUUAAUGCAGGAGUUUUCAAGCUUUUUGACUUGCGGAGCACUUCAUAUCAAUAAAUAGUUUCGUGGAGCACUCAUAAUAGCGCCAAAGCAUACCUUAUGAAAUAAUUAGCUUUAUUUAUUAAUCUUAUCUCACCUCCCAUUCUGACUUCAUUUUUUAAAAAUAUCUCUCGCUUUGUCGAUGAUCACGAUCUUUGGCGAUAUUUUUUACAGAUCCCUUAGCAAUGACAGCAUUUUUGGCAGAUGCUUGCGAAUUGCCCAUUCACCAGACUCAAACCCUCAAAGCAUUCUAACAAACUACUUUCGAUCAAGAUUUCUUGUGCCUUUCUCACAGAAAAUUGUAAUACAUUCCUGAUAUUUUUGAGGGAUGCUUUAAGGCAGCAUCCAUUUAUUACGUAACGUUGAAAUCGGCAUUUCUAAACCCCCACCCCUUCC